UAGCCGCGCAUCUCUAAAGAAAAUAUUUACAAUUUUCGUCUUUAUAAUAUUUAUUUAAAAACAAAUCAAAGCGGCACCAUGACUAUGCGACCUGAUGACCACCGAAGGAAAUGGGACAAGAACGAGUAUGAGAAGCUGGCAGCGGAGCGCCUCCUCAACCAGGUGGCCCCCAAGGAAGAAGAGCCCGUGCAGCGGGAGAACUUAAAGCGCCGCGACUACAAGGUGGACCUGGACAGCAAACUGGGCAAGAGCGUGGUGAUAAACAAGAACACACCCACGUCCCAGUCGGGCGGCUAUUACUGCAACGUUUGUGACUGCGUGGUCAAGGAUUCGAUAAACUUCCUCGACCACAUCAAUGGCAAGAAGCACCAGCGCAAUUUGGGUAUGUCCAUGAAGGUGGAGCGCAGCACCGUCGACCAGGUGAAGGAGCGCUUCCAGCAGAACAAAAAGAAGAUGGAGGAGAAGCAGAAAGACUACGAGCUGGAGCGCCGGCUUCGCGAGGCCAAAGAGGAGGAAGAUCGCUACAAGGAGCACCGCAAGGAGAAGCGAAAAGAACGGAAGCGCAAGGCCGAGGAUACAGAUGAUUUUGGCUCCGGCGGGGGCCUCCCCGAUGACAUGGCCGCCAUCAUGGGCUUCUCCGGCUUCGGGGGCUCCAAGAAAAACUCGUAGGCCCAACUUGUUGAACUACCGCCCCUCCUUUUAGUUGUAAAUGCGUAAGCAAAAUAGAAACUCACCGCCAAACCA